UAUAAGUAUUCUUUAAUGCAAAGAUUAUAUUAUAAGAGAUUAUUACUGUGUGAUAGCACCAUUUAUUUAUUUUUACAUGAAUUUAAUAAGAUUUAUAUGCUCAUUAUUUUAAUAUCUUGUAGUAACAAAUAUUUGACGUUUCUUCUUCAGUAACAUCAAGCGAGGUAAAUUACAGAGUGACCGUGUUCGUUGAGGAGUAUCAUGAAUGUGACAUAGUAAAAGGAAAAGGAAAAUGCCAGCUAGAUUCAUCGUACAGUUCCGGGCACAGUCUGUGAGUAAAUAAAUAAAGGGUCUCGGGGGUGGUGGGAGAGAGGUUAACACUUGUUUUGAGGUGAUGAGCAUCAGUGAAGAAGAAGGCAAAGGUGGCUCCAGGAAGCGCCGGCGUGAGGCGGAGGCGGAAAAUGCAUUCCGCGGAGUGCGGAAACGGAGCUGGGGACGUUACGUAUCGGAGAUAAGGCUGCCGGGUCAGAAAACCCGGAUAUGGCUUGGCUCCUUCGCGUCGCCUGAGAUGGCGGCGAGGGCUUAUGACUCAGCCGCUUUCUUCUUGAAAGGAACAUCGGCCACCCUUAAUUUCCCCGACCUCGUCCACUCCCUUCCUCGCCCUCUUUCCUCCUCCCGGAGAGACAUACAAUCCGCCGCCGCAACAGCCGCUCUCCACCCUCCUUCUCUCGGUACCGACACCAACAGCAAUAGCAGCAGCUGGUUGGACAACUUGGGAGACGAAUCCAGGAUUUCGACGAUGUCGUUUGAGGAUGUGAAAGAUGCCCCUCUGAUGAGCCCCCUAAGGGUGGACUUGACUUUUGGAGAUUUCUCAUGGAACAACCUCUUCCAUUUCAACUAUGACGAUGUUUUCAUGUCAUGAUCUCAGAAUCGGCAUUGUAUUUCAUCUCUUCUGUGCUUUUUCCUACACUUUCUACUUCUAAACUAAUAAACUACUGUACAUUGAAAAUAGACUUCUUAAUUUUACUAAUCACUUGCAUGUGUUUAGAUGGACGUCGCCUUUAUUAAAAUUUAAUGCUA